AUGCAAGACGUGUUCUCGCCGUGGUUCCAUUAUCCAGCUCUUGGAUAUGCAUAUUUCCUCAAUGUGAUUGGCAUUGUUUCUCAUGGUGUUUUCAUCAGACAGUUUUUGAGAGAUAGAUCAUUCCGUAGUCGUUAUAACUUUUUUUGUUUAUGGAGAUCCAUAAUGAACAUCGCAGCAAUUAUCAUCAGUCUAUAUUCCUACAAUGUGGCUGUUAUAAGUCGACAAUCAUUGUAUUCGGAUUUCAUCCUACCAAUCACAUUUUCCAUUUCGAUUUAUUUAAUGGGAUCGGAGGUUGUUCUGGCACUCAAUCGAUUUUCUGUUAUUGUUUUCUGGAGAUCAUACGAUCUAGUAUUCACUAAAAGAAACUCUAUGAUCUUUGCCUGCUCACCACUUAUAGGAUCAUUCAUAGUACUAGCUAUAUUGUUAACCCAUGGCUGCCAGAUUGAGCUCUGUUUAGAUGUCUUAGAUUAUGAGUUUGAAAUAGCCGAUGGUUUUUGUGUUCAGUUCUCACACGAUCUACUCUACCUAUAUGGUUUUAUAUUUCUAGCAACAUUAUGCGUAAAUAUAAUAACAUCAGUUGUCCUGAUUAGACUGACUUAUAACAACAGUCGGAAGGGGAACUCGUCAAUUCCUUCGCACACAAGUCGCAAUAUUCGUUCCUUCAUUCAUUCAUUCACUCAGUUACUAUUGUGGACAUUGAUUCUUCUUGAUUAUGGAUUCAUUGACGUUGAGAGCUUUCCUUAUCCUUUCCUGGGUUUUAUGGUGAUAACUUCAGCAUAUGGAAAUAGAGCAACAAUUGAAGGACUCCUCCUAGUUAUCUUCAACUGGAAAAGCAUUAGGAGCCGGAAUGUUACAGUGUCAGUUAAUCCAACUUCUAGAACAUUCUAA